AGAAGUCUGUGUUUUGGCCCUAUUUAUCCAAGAUUCAGCGGAGACUCAAAUCUCACGUUAUUUGGAUUUGUCACAUCACUGUUAGAUGGUGCCAGGAAGACCGGCAAUUAGGCGUUAUUAAGUUAGGUUGUUAGGUUAAAUGUCCCAUGUAGGAGAAUCACGAGAGGUAUAAUUGUGACUUCAAUGUUCUCGAGUAAAGCACAAUUGAUAAAACGCACCGGGAAGAAUGGUGUUGGACGUUACGAUUUUUUAAAACUCUUAGCUACCGAAUAUCAAAUAACUAAAUCUAGAGAUGCAAAGGAACAAGUGCUGGCAAAUCUAGCAAACUUUGCUUACGAUCCUAUAAAUUACGGAUACAUAAGACAAUUAUCCAUAAUUGAUUUGUUUCUUUGUGCUCUGUCUGAGAACAAUCCAAGACUAGUACGUUUCGCCAUUGGUGGUAUUUGUAACUUAUGUUUGGAUGCUAUAAACAGGAUAUAUAUUCUACGUAAUCGAGGUGUUGAGUUGGUAUCCUCACUGCUCUCUUCCCAAGAUGAGGAUGUUGCACUCUCUGCAAUUUCUACCUUGAUGUUUUUGAUUACAUCUGAGUCAAAAAAUGAGAUAACAUCAACUGAAAUUAUCAAACAUAUGUUGAAACAUUCGUGCAGUCUGAAUAUUCGUAUUAAAAAUCUAGCAUCUAUAUUUCUGACUGACUAUUGUGAACCUAGUGAAGUAGAAAAAGUGAGAGGAGAAGAACAAUCAACUUACUCAUAAAAACUGAUUAAACUUUUUACUGGAACCCUCAAAUAUCAUCCUGCAAGAAUGUUCAAAGCAAGGUUAUUUGCCAAUACAA